AUGAAGGGCAUGCUUGGGGCCGCGGAGAGGUUGCGUGGACUCAGGAGGCUCGAGGUCCCCCACUCCAUGCUCAAGUUCGAGGGGUUCGGGGAGACUCUGGGCGUCAUCGCCUUCAGCACCGUGAGACGGGCCGCCAUCCCGAGGCACCUGGCCCUGCUUCUGGAGUGCAGGGGCAUGGCAGCCAAGACCCUGCUGGACCAUUCGGAGCGACAUGUCGAGGACAUCCUUGGCCCCCUCACUAUAAGGCAGGCUGCCCGAGUGCUUGGCGACAGCGGGGACGCCGAGGAGCAGAGCAACUGGUACUUGGCAACAAUGGCUAAGCUGCUCGGCGCGGGCUUCAGCAUCGCACAGCACCCCUUGUUGGAGUCGGUUCGCAGGCAGCAAGAGGCCCGCCUUACGAGAGCGCUCCGCUCGGUGUGGGCCCCGGGCGUCUGGAGCUGCCACGGCAUGCCGGAGCCGUUGCCAUCGCCUGGGGAAGGGCACAUUUUGAAGGGCCGCCAGGUAUUCUGCAUGGUCCCCGCGCCCGAGCGCAACGAGCUGGAGUCUCCAGGGUGGCGGGCCCUCGCGGGGCCCGUGCUGCUGUACGAAGGCACCGACCGCGAGCCCAGCGCGAUCCGCCUCUGCGAGGCCAUCGACGCGGUGCCCUUGCGCAAGAAGUGCCACCCCGGGUUGCUUUAUUUCUCGGCCGCCGGCGAAGCCAUCCAGGAUGGCCUGAGCUGGGAUUUUGACGGCGACAGGUUCUAUCUGCGGAUGUCAUAG